AUCAUCAAAGAUGGCGGGAGCCUCCGACCCACUGGAGGACAUGCUCUUCAAUGAGGUAGACGAAAAAGCAGUAAGUGACUUAGUUGGCUCUUUGGAAUCGCAACUUGUCAGCCAAAAGACUUCGCCCGCCACAUAUUCCGAUAUCAAGCGAGAAGGAUCUACGGGCACUGUCAGCCAGUUCUCAGGGAAAGUGCGUGAUCAAGUGGGGUCUCUGGAGCCGCCACAACAAGGACACCCAAAAGCGGCGUUAAACGCGGAACCCUGCGCGAAUCUGGCGAUUUCGAAUAAGAGUAUCACCGCUUCUACCUCUUCCAUCACUACUGGGGGCAUUAUAAACGCUGGUACCAAUUUACAAACACAUGGAGCCGCAUCUCGCAUCAUUUCCCCAGCACCACCAGGAUCGGUAACUUUGCCUGCUCAGACGACUAGCUUCAACAGAGGGACUGUUUUGGGUCCAGCUGAAAUAUCGGUGGUGACUGCUCCGAACUCAAACCCCACAACAACAACAGCUAUCAGGACUCCUUCACCGGGAUUACAGAGUUUUAACGGUAGCCCUGGAGCUGUGAAGUUGGUCAACUCGCCAGCUGCUGCUCCCCAAAUCGGGUCAGGCGGCAACACUGUUAUAAGUACUGCCAGUGCGGGCAACUCAAAUAUCAUUGUGUCCAUGGCUUCACAGCCUCCUUCUCUACCAAACUAUCCUGUAUCUCAAUCUGCUGUGGCAUUUGUUACUCCCACUGUUACAUUGCAAAGGCAUCCCAGCCCCAUGGCCAGUGCCUCACAGAAUGGAGUAAUAGACCCUAAGGUUUCUGCAGUGGUCACACAGGGUGCAGGUUCUCCGGGGGCCACCACCUCUCAGGUCAUGAACCGCAAUAACACUCUCAUUAACACUACAAUGGUGGCACCCAACCAGCCAGUCUCUGCUGGCCAAUCAAUAAUUCUCGGAGGGUCUCCCUCUCCUGUGGUUGUGAACUCACCCAUAAGCCAGACACAGAGUGUGGCGAGUCCCACUUUCACAGCCGGGGUGAAACCAACGGUUAACGGAGUUGGUCAGCCCACGGUGACCAUCGUGAGGCCCCCCGGUGCUCCUGUGAUGACCACCUCCGUGCAGCAGCAGAGACCUGGGCUGGUAGCGAGUCCCACGAGGACUGUGGCACCACAGAUGGUCGUCAGACCACCACAGCAGACCACCAUUCAGUUACCCCCUGGAUUUACCAUACCACCCGGUAUGGUGCUGGUGCGUACAGACACAGGCCAGCUGGUAAUGGUUCCUCAGCAGGUUCUAGCCCAGGCUCAGGCUAAGACCCAACAAGGCCAGGCAGCUGUCUCUAACAUCUCCCCCCGGCCUGCUACACCUACCGCUGGGGCCACCAUCAGAGUUGGUACUCCCAGCCAGGCCCCUUGUACAAGCCAGGCUGUUCGUCUGGCCUCCCCUGUCCAGGCCAGAAUGUUGCAGUCCCCCUCUCUCACCAGCUCUGCUAUACAGAAGGCGAUAACCGUGGCUCCUGCAGGUGCGUCUGUGUCGGUGAAAAUGACCACCCCUCAGAAGGCCCAGACAGUGAUCACGGGGGGUCAAGCCCUGGUCAAGCCCGGUGCUGUACGGCCCUUUAACACUGCAGCAGCAGCCAGUGCCUCUACAACCCCUACAAUGGUAACUGCACCAGUCUCCCAGGAAAUGCAAGAAAAUGUGAAGAAGUGUAAGAACUUCCUUUCCACCCUGAUCAAGCUGGCGUCCCACAACUCCCCAUCUCCAGACACAUCCAAGAACGUCAAGGCCCUGGUGCAGGAUCUUCUGGAUGCUAAAAUUGAGCCUGAGGAGUUCACCACACGUCUGCAGGCUGAGCUGAAGUCCUCUCCGCAGCCGUACCUCAUCCCCUUCCUCAAGAAAAGCCUUCCUGCCCUGCGGCUGUCCCUGCUCAACAACCAGCAGUCUCUGCUGGCCUCCACCAACGCUGCGGCCCUGGCCGCUGCCUCCAAUACUACCACCAGCACUAUCAGGGCCCGGCUCCCCACCACCGUCGGCCCCGCCACAGGCAUGGUCAGGACACCCACCACUGCUCUGGGUGUGAGAAGACCAGGGGUUCAGGGGGUCCAGACUCGCAUGCCGAUGGUCAUCCCUCAGACCAUCCGGCCACAAGGCACAGUUGCAAGAGGACUCACUAUUAUUGCAGGCAGAUCUCCUGUGGGCAUUGGUGCCCAGGCCUCUGCCAAUCAGAAGAAGCUGAAUGAGCCUGGAGGCGGGACGUUCAGAGAUGAUGAUGACAUCAACGACGUGGCGUCCAUGGCGGGGGUGAACCUGAACGAGGAGAACGCCCGCAUCAUGGCCACCAACUCUGAGCUGGUGGGCACCAAGAUCCGCUCCUGUAAGGACGAGGCCUUCCUCCCACCAGGCCUGCUGCACAGACGCAUCAUGGAGACCGCCAAGAGGUUUGGGGUGACAGAGGUCCCAGCUGAGGCAGUGAACUACAUCUCCCAUGCUACCCAGGCCAGGCUGAGAUCCAUGCUAGAAAAAGUGUCAACUAUCGCCCAGCACCGCACUGACGGGGGCAAGGAUGAGGAGUGGUAUGAGCCGUCGACAGACGUCAGGGCCCAGCUCCGCUUCUUUGAGCAGCUGGACAGGAUGGAGAAACAAAGGAAGGACGAGCAGGAGAGGGAGGUCCUACUCAAGGCUGCCAAGAGUCGCGCCAGGCAGGAGGACCCGGAGCAGGCUCGGUUGAAGGCGAAAGCUAAAGAGAUGCAGCAGGCGGAGCAGGCCCAGAUCCGGCAGCGUGAAGCCAACCUCACUGCCCUGGCGGCCAUUGGUCCCCGCAAGAAACGCAAGAUGGACUCGCCAGGGAGCUCCACAUCGGGCACAGAGGUUGCUUUGGGUUCAGGGGCCGGCUCUUCCACAGCCGCCUCCUCCCGCCAACAGCUCCGUCAGCGGAUCACGCGAGUCAAUCUCAGGGACUUUAUCUUCUGCCUGGAGCAGGAGAGGGCCACAUCCCGGUCCUUACUGCUCUAUAAGGCUCUCCUGAAGUAGUGGAGUCCCCCAGAGUUCUGGACUUCACCUAAUACAAAUAUGUGACAAGUUUCCCCUUUACCCCAACUCAUACACACACACUCCCGUACCACACUAUCCUAUAUCCCCCUAAUCUGAUGCUAAGCAACCCCACGCCACCCCAACGUUGCCCCCCUGAUCAUACAGCCCCUUGUUCUCACAUCAAAUCUAGUCUCAUUCACUAGCUGUGUGCUUUACAAUGCCGAGAGCCUCGAAGCUGGCAGGCGAGCACACACUCGUUUUUUACCAUGACUCCUGCUAUGUCCCGAUCCGUUGCGUAAUUCUCAAACAAAACCUACAGUUGUAAGAUUUAUGUCAGGAUCCUUGCUAUUUUAGCCCAAUGGCUACUCACUAAGGAUGUUACAUCACACCACAGAUAGUUUUGACUGGAUUGUCAAGAGGUUUGUUUGGUCAGCCUGGGUAGGAUCUGUGCUCUCCAGAUCAAAACCUACAAACACUUGUGUCAUCUACGAUUUUCCAAACAUUGAAAAGGAACCAUUUCAAAUUGAAAGAUAAUGUUUGCAUUUUAUGUACCAUACAAGUAAGUACUGAGUUUGAAAAAACUACAGGUUUUAAUUCACCACACCAUAUAGUGAAUGUUAGAGAAGUCUGUCAGAUAAAUGUACAGAGUACUGUGAUGUCUCAUUUUAAAACGACAAAUACAUACAGUACUUACUAGUUCCAGACCUGGGUCCAAUACUUUCAAAUGAUUGAGCUGUGCUCGAUUUAGUUUGCCUGGUACAGUAGAACCAAUGGAAUAGUCCCAUUAAAUGCAAACGCCAAGCUAAAUCAAGCACACCUUAAUUUGACCCAGGUUUGGCUGGUAUACACGGUGGUUUAGGGUUCAUAUCACGAUAUUACUGCGUAGCAUGUCUGAUAGGUAUUAUGACAGAAUAGUGAAACAUAAGAUUAUAUUUUUUGUGUGUGUGUGUGUGUGUAAAGAGCCAACUCGGUUCAUACAUAGACUUGUCUCUCCUAUUGUAGACUUUGAAUCUAGAUAAAUUACCAGUAACCAUUUUAAGAUAUUAUUAUUCAGACUCAAGCUCAGCACAGAACAGGGAGCUGGGCUCUCUUACACACUCACUCAGGCUAAUGAAAUAAAGACGUCAACAAACAAUGUCCUAUUGA